UUCCGAUACCUUCCAUGCGGCCCCUCCCCUUGUCCCUCCCCAGCGCCCUAUCACCCCUUCUACCGAACCAUCCCCUUCCCGCCCCCUACCCCUCCCGUCCAUAUCUCAUGGCUCGACCGGUCCCACUUUCUCCGUCUCUCUCCCGACGCGCUCACCGCUACGACCGACCGCGGAUUUCGGUCGGGCCGAGCCAACGUGGCCGUCCGAGAGGGGAUCUGGUAUUUCGAAGCUACGGUCCUUCGAGGCUUGGCCGACAGUGGAGCAGCGAAAGGGUCGGGCGGGGCCGGGGAAGGAGGCGCAGGCAACGCGCACGUGAGAGUAGGGUGGGGAAGGAGGGAGGCGGGGCUGGACGCACCAGUAGGGGCAGACGGGUACGCUUAUGGUCUGAGAGAUGUGGGCGGGGAGGGGAUGCACGGGAGCAGGUCUACAGGCGGAGGAACGGGGAAGGGGUUCGGGACGGGGGAUGUGGUGGGGUGUUUGAUCUCCCUUCCGGCUCGACCACCCGUCAAGCCCGAGGACGGGCAAGCGGAGACGGACAAAGAGGGCGGAGUGGAGAAUCACCGGAAACGCACCAGCAUCCGCUACAAAGGGCAAAACUACUUUGAGAUGGACGAAUACCCGGUACAAAAGGAGAUGGACGCCCUGGUCGAUCGGGAUGGAAAGUACGCGCAGGCAAGGCGGGAGGCGGAAGCUGCUGCUGCCGCUGCACUUGCCGCUGGGACGGAUGCUACCGGCGCCAGUGGAGGGGGUGGGGGAGGCGCCAAAGGAAAGAAGACAAAGAAUGCCAAAAAGGUCACUACCGAUAAGCCCGCCCCGCUACCCGAAACGGUGGUAUUCCGAGACCUCGCGCGUCUUCCCGGCUCCCGUAUCGAAUUCUACAUCAACGGCGAACGUACCGAAACCGCCUUCAAGGACCUAUACGACUUUCUCCCUCUCCCUCCUCCCUCCUCGGUCGGCGGCAAGAAAUCGAGCUCCGGAGAGAAGGAUUGUUUGGCCGACGAUGGGACGCUGGGCUAUUACCCUAUGGUAUCGUGUUUCGGGCGAGGGAAGCUACGGCUUAACUUUGGGCCGGACUUUGCGUUCCCGACGCCUGUUCCUAUCGAG